AUGUUCGCGCCGCCCAGUCCGCAUCCUUCCAGCCGCCCUGCCUCGGCAGCGGCACACCACGCCCACUCGCAUCAGCAGCCGUGCGAGCGAUCCAUCUCACGCAGCAACUCCUUCUCCUGGAAGCCAGAGCUGGGUCUGCCACCACCUCCCAGCGAAAUUGAUGCUCUUGGCGACUCUCUCAAUCAUGCUCUCGUCCACUCCCGACCCGCGUCUCGCGCCCAAUCGGUUUCCCCAGCUGCACGCUUCCCAUCUCGCUACGACCUCGAAUUCGGCGGUCUCGAGGACCCAACAGAGAAUCGCGACCGCAUGCAAGACCACAUGAACAUGGUCACCAAGCAUCCCAAGGUCAAGAUCGAUGUGAUCCUCUCAAGCAAUAUCUUUGAGGCAGGCGCUACCAUCAGCGGCAAGGUCGAGCUCACGUGCACGACAAGCCAGAGACUCCGCCUCGGUCAAAUUGCUGUCGAACUCGAAGCUGUCGAGCAGCUAACCUCGCGGGAUCAUGCAGCUACCCAGCUUUUUCUCUACAAUCGCACCAUGUUUCAAGGCGACAACUUGCCCCCGUCCAAUGCUGUCUUGCCAGCAGCUCCCGUCAACGGCUACUGGACCGCCCGCAAAGGUCGCACCUCAUUCCCAUUCAGCUUCCAACUCCCUUCCUCCGCCCCGUCCUGCGUCACUUUUGCAGGCAACGCAUCGCUUCGUUACGGUCUCAAAGCAACUGUUCAGACGUGGUAUAACGACGAAAAGAUGAUUGUCACGGCUCGACGAGAGGCCUUUGCCCUGGAAAAGUGGGCUGACCAGCUUCAUCCCCGAUUCCGCGAGCCGGUCGACGUCGUCGGCGACACCCGUCUCUUCAUGGGUGGCAACGGCGCCGUCUGGCUUGAAGCCGGUAUCACAGAGCAGCUCUUCUGGGGCGGCGGUCAGCUCCACAUCCGGUGCGGAAUCAAGAACAACACCAAGAGACAUCUUAGCGGCAUCAAAGUGGCCCUCGCGCGACGACUCAUCUUUCCCGUCGGCAGCGCUGAAGGCUUCCACGACAGCCCGGACAAGCUCUCUCUCGAGCCACGCAUCACCGAGAUCGUACACGACCAGAUCUUCAAGGGUCGCGAGUACGAGUUUGCUCCCCAUGCCGAGUCAGUCUGCACAGUGGCGGUUGAUGUUCCGAGGGACCUCCGCACUAUUCGCAAGACGCGGCUGUUCGAAGUGCGGACCUUCGCUUUCGUCAGUCUCUUGCUCGGCUCGUUCGCCAAGGAUCUCACCACUGAAAUCCCUAUCUACGUCGCACACACUGCGAGUGGGCAGCUGCCUACCCACCGAGCCCCUGACCAGCUUCACACCGGACCUCCCAUGCAUUCGCUGCCUCAACGUCCUAAUUCGUCCAUGGGCCACGGCGCACACCACCAUCUACACAAUCUACACCAUGGCCAUCACGGUCUAGGGCAAACCCCUCACAUGGACGCGGGCAUGCUCGAAGUAGAACGUCUGGCCGCGGAGCGAGGUUGGUCUCCGGCGCCUGUCAUGUCGGCUUCGGGACUGCACGCUGGAAGCUCAAGACCGGCUAGUACUGCGCCAAGCAUGAUCCAGCUGCCGUCCCAGGCCCAACCGUUCUCCAUGAACCCAGAUGGGCACCUGCAAUGGAAUCCAGCAGUCAACAGCUGGAAUGCCAGCAGACUCAUGUCACCUGCCGCCGCCGGUCACUCUAUUCAGCGAUCUGUCAGCGCUGCACCGGACGUCUUUCAUAAUGCGACACCCUCACGCUCAUUUGCGUCGCCUAUGGACCCGGUAGCAGUUUGGACGGCUACACAACGAGCCAUGUCCACCUCUCCAGGCCCUGCCACUCUCGCCCAACAUGCCAGUUUUGCUACCGCCACCCCUCCUCAGACCGCGGGCAUGCCUUUCCCACAGGUCUCAAGUGCACCUACCGUCGAUCGUCGAGGCUCUCUACCUGCUGCAGGGGCUCCUGGAGCAGGACCCUACGACGGCGGCUCGCUGCCUCCACACGCAGCAUACCAAGGUGCGCCACAGGAGAUCCUGCCGCCCAUGCCCGAACCGCAAAGCAUUGUUCACGCCAGUCCAAGCUUGCAACAGUACGCUGCUCCGCCACCUCAGCCGCAAAGCGCGCCGUACUCGGGAGGCGGAGGAGCGCCGUCCAUCGCCGGUCUUGCAACGAUUGAGGAGGAUGGCGAGUCUCAGGCUGGCACCGUGAAGACUCUCCAGAAGCUGCCCACGAUCGGCAAAACGAGCCCAAAGGGCGCGAAUGGCAAUAGCGUUUCGCGUAACAACAUUGAGCAUUUUGAAGCCAUGGCUGAAGCAGAGGAGGACGAGGAAGAGGUCAAGAGGCAGAUGAUCGCUAUGGGUAUGCAGCCGGACGACGACGCCUUCGCUUCCACCGAACGCAAAUCGCAAGUCGAAGCGGCAAAGGCACCCGCGCAAGCACCUGACUCGGUGCGUAAUGCUUCGACUGGUAGACGCACGGAGGCAUCCCACGCUUCUUCGGCGGGCACGUAUAGGCCGAAGGCUAGCGACAUUUUCCAGCUCGCCGCUACCGCAGAGCUUUCUGGAAGCCCUCCUGCAGUUCCUGCACAGAAGAGGAGCGAGCAGCUCGAGCCUUCAAUGGCCAACCUUGAACGCUCGCAACCUCUCUCUCUUCACGUUACAGAGAUCAAGCAGACCAGCGAAACGCGAACACCUGCAGCUCGUUCGGUGGUAUCUCUGAGACGUUCGUCCUCGUCUCAGGGAAUUGGUCUUCAAGCGCUCGAGACGAAUCUGGUGCGAUCCACCACGCCUAAGAUCACGACAAUGGCCAACGUGGCUCGAGCCGACAGCUCUUCCAGUCCUCUAGCGUCCGCGCCUGCCGUUUUUGACGAUUCGACCAGGUCGCGCAAAAACAGCGCCUUGCGUGCGGCUGCGCUUGCUCGGGCAGAAGCCGAGCGCAAGAGUGCGGAAGAGCAAGUGCGUGCGGCGGUGGCACGCGAGAGGCAAGUGCAAGCCGAGCAGGUUCAGAAGGCGGCUGCUGCAGAAAAAGAGUAUGCACAAAAGGAAGCUGCUACAUUGCGUGCCGCCGAGCAGCAGAAGUUGGAGCGCGAAGGAAUCGCGGAGCGUGCGCGCCAGCAACGCGAGCUACGAGAGCAACAGGAAAAGCAGCGACUCAAGGCGGAGGCUGAGCGCAUCCAAAGGGAAGAGGAUAUGAAACGUCAAGAGCAAGACGAGAUGAAGCGACGAUCGCGCAAGGAAACAGAAGCAGAAGCUGCAGCUGCAGCUGUAGCUAUUCAGGCUCAGGCUGUGUCAGAGCCUGCCAAAGAAUCACGCCACUUGGCAAACAUUCCAGCCAUCGAUAACAACAAGACUGCUGGCUCCAUCGCGCCGUGCGUGCCUUCCAAGACGACAGCGCCGAUCCUGGCCGCGCCUAGCAGAACGAGCGACCAAGACCGUAUCGCGCUCAAGCAGCAAGCCGUACACCGUAUCGAUGGCUGGCUCUCCAAGGCCGCGAGCCCCAAUCCGUCGCACAUGAACUCGCCAGGUACACCCAGCGCCUCGGUGCUCUCAGUGAUGCGAAAGGAAGAGCCCGACGUAUCUGCCUUGCGUGUCGCUGAGGCUCGCUCGCCGUCACGGGUAAUCAACCCGCUCUGGGAAGGCGAAUCUUCUCGCUCUCCGCAAAUGGGAAGUGCGAUGCCAAAGUCGCGCACCAUGGCUGAUCUCGCUUCAUCAAAAUUGUCUGCUGCAGCAGCGGAAGCAAGUCAACUAGACGAAGAACCGAUCCCACAACUGUCGGCUGAGCUGAGAGCGCUCGUGGACGGCUCCGACAUUCGACCCGCACGCAAGUCGGGAACAGCGCUCAAAGAGCAUCCGAUCAGCCGCCGCCUAUCUGGCCUUGGAUCGAGCGAUAAAGCGAGCGCGGUGGUUGUGCCGAGUCCUUCUAUCACGCAAACUUCGUCGUCACACGUCAAGCGCGAGCGUCACACUUCAAUGCCAUCGUGGCCUCGACCUGGCUUGCCCAACUUUGGCGCUGCUACGAAUGCUCCUGCUGCUAGGCCUGCAGCUGCGGUUGCUCCUACCACCAACACCCCGAGCGCGAUGGAACGUCGAAUCUCUCGCAACCCCGAGGCACGCGAAGUUGGGAUCCCAUCGCGAGUGGAAAAAUCGCUCAUGGCGCCUACUCCGGAAAUUACUACGCGGGGCAAAGAGGAGACGAGUUACGAUGUACGAUCUGCUCGUGGUGGUCGAGGAGGACGCGUUGCUUCCGUUGCACAGCUGUGGUCUACGAUUGCUGGCGACGAUGAGGUCGAGGCAGCAGAUGCCAGUCGCGGAUCUCUGGCAGCGCCUCAGGCAAGCUCGGAGCCUCGCUCUGCUUCGCCGUCCAACACGUCGACAGUCAAACCCAAGCCGCGACGAUCAUCGUCUGCGACGGGAGGUGCACCUGCCCUCGAUUUCAGCAUUAAGGCUAUGAGCUCUUCAUCGGCGGCCUCCAUCGGCGUACCCACCAUUGCUGCUACAUUUGGAGGAGCUGCCAACACGACCAAGCCCGAAGCGCUCAAGAGCUUCACAGCUCCACAAUUCCUCAACACCAGUGUUCCCAAGCCCGUGUUUGCGACGGUAGGCGACCAGGCUGCCAAGCCGGAGAAACGCCCACUUCCCAGACCAGUUCUGCAGCCGGGAGCAGUCCCUGCGCCGCAGUUAGUGCGCCCGACAGCCAUGCGAGCACAAAAGGCGCCUGCUUCCGAACGAACUUCUUCGCGCAGGAUCAGCACACAACUCCUCUCGACGUUUGAGAAGAGCACUACGACGGCCGCAGCGAAGGCAACAGAGCCAGACGCAUCGGUGCGCGAAAUGAUGAGCAAGGUGGCAGUCGACUCGACCAUCCUCGGCGCUCUUCAGACUGUAGAUGGUGCCGGCGCACAUGACAUGUCGACUUGGCGAUGCACUGAUGGCUCAGAGAUCAAGAUGAGCGGUCGAGGCACGACCAAGGCGAUCGGCGAGACGAAGCUCAAGAGCCUGAGAGCUGUGUGGGGCAGCUGA